GGCUGUAUCAGCCCCCUCCUCCGCCUGUCGUCACUGAACAACCUAAAGCCCAUCAUUAUCAGCCUACCUAUGAUAAAACAUAUCCUAAAACACUUGAAUCUCUAGCUGAAAAGGUACAUAGUUUCUAUCCUGGUGGUAGUAAUACCACACCCCGCCGUAUGUCUGCAACAACUUCAUCGAGCCUUCUGUCCUAUUAUGCUGGUGGAGGUAGUAAUCGUCCAAAGGUUAUGCCUCGUUCUGGAUCAGAUCAACAUCUGCCACGGGUUGAAUAUAUGGACAGCUAUUCAGCUCUUACUGGUGGUCCUCCAAGUUAUCGGAGCUCAUAUCGUAGUCCCAGCUCUACUUAUGGAACACUCAAUAGAAGACAGCGCUCAGUUGAUUAUUCAUCUGAUACUGAAGCAUCAACUCGACCUUAUUAUUAUUAUCGGCAACAUAGUGCAGGAUCUUCGGCAUUAGGUACACUAGGAACUGGAUUAGAAACUACCCACACUGGUCCAAUAUCAUCAUUGCGUUCCAAUUCUCUUCCAAGAGAUACAAGGCAACCUAGGACUCAUAUUCCAACUCUGCCAACUCAUAGGGGAUCUACACUGAGGCUAGAUCGAGAAAGCUCUCUCCUGGGCUCCGGAGUCUCAGGUCUAGAUCAAGAAGAUGAUGGAGCGUUAUCUGCCCCAGAAAUGUCUCUAACCAGGAAGCAUAGAGAUGAAUACCGGACAUGGCUGUCCAGAGCUCCGUCGUCUUCGGCGAUUUAUUCUGCUGCCAGAGGCGCUCCACUGUUGGGUCAGAAAGCCCAGAGGUUUACUUUUUCAGCUGAGAAUCUGCCACAGCGAGCAAGACAGUCUGAGCUGUUGUAUUCAACUUACCGACCUGGUCAGCUUGCAACUAUGGGUCCUUUAGUUAGCUCUUCCUCUACGACUACUGGUCUUAAGUCACUCGAUAGGCACACAACCCUUGACAGGCAUUCAUCUCUGGAUCGCCAUUCUUCCCUCGAUAGGCAUUCUACCCUAGAUCGACAUUCAACAUUAGAUAGACAUUCUACUUUAGACCGCCAUUCAACGUUGGACCGCCACUCAACACUGGACCGCCACUCAACACUGGAUCGCCAUUCUACACUUGAUAGGCACUCGACAUUAGACAGGCAUUCUUCAUUAGAUAGACAUUCCACCCUUGACCGACAUUCAACUCCAGAUCGUCAUUCUACGCUUGAUCGGCAUUCUACGCUUGAUAGAAGUUCGACGCUGGAUAGAUCUUCCAUGGACAGGCAUUCUGCAUCUCUCACUUCUAGGUCAGCUUCUUUGAGGAGGAUGCAUAAUCUACUUGAAUUGGAAGCUAAAUCUCUUGGUAAGGGAAGUGAUGCCGGGCCUAAACCAAGAUCUCCCUCAGUAUUGCAUAUUAAUCCUGCUGAAUUUUUGAAGUAUAAACAGUCUGUGGUAAGACCUGGUCAGAGUGAAGUAAGUGGGUUGUUAUGGCUUCAUUUGUUAAGUGGACGCGGACUCCGUGCAUCGACCAAUCCCUCAUCUUCUUCCAGUAGUAUUGGUGCUGGAGCCGGUAGUGUUGUUCGGGAUCUUUAUUGUGUUCUCGAAUGUGAUGGGGUACAUAAAGCACGGACUGUUGUUCGUACAGCUGAUUUAGUUUUUGACUGGGAUGAAACAUUUGAGUUGGAUUUGGUAUCGAACAGAGAACUUGACUUCCUCAUUUAUUCCUGGGAUCCACAAUAUCGGCAUAAGUUGUGCUAUAAGGGCUCAGUUCAAUUGGCUAUGCUUCUCUCUGAAUCUCCAGUCCACCAAUUAGCUGUGAAAAUUGAACCUAGAGGUACUUUAUACCUUCGUCUUCAUCACACUUCUCCUCACCAGACAUUCUGUCGUAAACCUAAGCAACCAGUUAUUCCUAGAGGAAAGGUUCAAGGUAUCUUUGGCUGUGAUCUUGAAACCGUUGUUAAUAGAGAAAGCAUUGCUUCUGAAAUUAUGAAAGGGGAUGCUGUUAAUAUACCAACUAUUGUUCGAAGAUGUGUUGAAGAGGUUGAACGUAGAGGAUUGGAUAUUAUUGGCCUGUACAGAUUAUGUGGUUCUGCUACUAAGAAAAGAAUAUUACGUGAAGCUUUUGAGCGUAGUGCUCGAACAGUUGAUCUCUCAUCUGAAAAUGUUCCUGACAUAAAUGUUAUUACAGGUGUACUAAAAGAUUAUCUUCGAGAACUUCCAGAACCACUUGUGACCAGAUGUUUGUAUCAAAUGCUUGCUGAUGCUGUUUCAGUAUGUCUACCAUCUGAUCCUCAGGGAAAUGCUAGUCUUAUAUUUUCCAUUUUAGACUGUUUACCCCAUGUUAAUAGGUGUUCAUUUGUAUAUUUGAUGAACCAUCUAUCACUUGUGGCAUCUCAACAAGAACGAAAUAAAAUGUCUACUCAAGCUCUCGCUAUCUGUUUUGCUCCAGUAUUAGUCCUUCAUUCUGAGACUGAAGGAAAGCCCCUUGAUUUCCAUGGUCCUAUUUCGGUUGUCAAAUAUCUUCUAGACAUUUGGCCGCAAUCGUCAGACAGGGCGCCGCCGCCGCCUCCCAGACCUUCCGCACCAGAGCCUCCCCCGCCACUUCCGGCCAAGCCAAAGCCAACAGUUGUUUCUUCCCCGGUGAGCCAGUCUUCAUCAGAGGAUGACUAUAAGGGUGCCUUUGACUCGGUAGCCAACUUCGAAAGUAAGAAGUCUGUCUUUGAAGGGGUGUUAGCUGCUGCAGGGCAGGGACCUCCACCACCUCCUCCCCCCAAGAAGCAGCAGAUAGCCCAGGAUUAUUUCAAAGAAGACUCUCUUCUUCAUCCUCAAGUUCCUGCUCCGCCUUUGAGGCUUAACAGGAAUAACCCAUUUGCUGAAGACAUGGAAGAAAUGGCCAGCAGUGGAGGAGCCAUUGUGACUACACCAUCUUCCUCUACAACUGAGGAAGGAGGAAGAGGAACAGGUGCAGAUGCAGAUGGAGAAAACUCGGAUGACAGUACCAAUUUGAAAUAAAAUUAUAACGUGUUAAAUGAUAAUGAUAAUUAUGUCCUCAGUUGACUCUCGAUAGUUUAUUUAGCUCCCGUUACGAUUUCUUUUCGGCUAGGCUUCUAACAAUUAUUUUUAAAAAAUUUUUAUGUGUAAAAAUUAUCUUAGCUUAUACAAAAUUUGAAAUUUCAUUUCAUGUUUGAUUUUAUAUAUAUUUAUGCUCUAUAAUUUCUGCUUUAUAUUUGAUAGAAAACUUGUAUAACUUGGUUAUCUCUCUAUGUAAUUCAUAGAAGAGGUUACUGUACUGCCUAUUUGAAGGUGCAAUCCAGUAGGAAUGUAUUUUUGUACACUCCCUCUUUUUUGAUAUUGAAACAAUCCAACUGAAUGUUAAUGUUUUUUAUAAAAGAAGUUUCACCAGUGUCAAUGAAGCUAUUUUGCAUAAUAUUGACCUGAAAAUAAUGCGUGUUAUUCAUUAAAAUAUUCAUCUUUUAUCCACAAAGCAGAUUGAAAUCUUUUUAUUCUGAAUUAAACUUAUUAUAUUAAGCCAAUUUAUUCAUUUUGUUUAUAAUAUAAAUCUUAUCAUUCGCUGCUAAAGCUAAAUUAUACUAGAUAGUUCAUCUGAUUGGCUUAAAGUGAGAAAUAUUAUUAUGAUUCUAUAAUUCUCAACUUCUUCCUUAAACAAAUUCUUAUUUGUUUUUGAAAAAUCUUUUAAAAAUUUUUCUUCAUCCACUUUUAAAUACUAUUGCUUAUCUUAUGCUCAUCUUAAGUAUGGAAAAGCAAAUAUACAUGAGGUAUUAAAUUGAAGUAUACCAAAUACUGAAAAAAAAAACCUAUAGUAAUUAUAUUUUAUAAAAUGAGGACAAAAUUGUUAUUAUUAAAACAACGAAGUAUUUUGUGAAAUGGUUUUAUAAACCAUUGUGUUGAAACAUGUACUUCUCAAACGAGAAAGAAAAGUUGUCAAUAUUUGAGAGCAAUAAGGUAAUAAAUGGUGAAGUAAUGUAUGUGUGUUUUAGUAAAAAAUAUAUAAUUAUAUAUAUAUAAUACAAGAUAAAAUAAAUUUAUAUAAUGAAAAAUUUAUUUAUAUAUAUAUAUAUAUGGGAGCAAUAUGCUCUUUAAGGGCGUCAUAUUCCUUGUAACACUGCCAUAUUAUUUUAUAUAUACAUAAUUACAUUGACUGGCUGGGUUAAACAUUUUUUGUAUUUAUGUGAGUUUCUGUUAUUUAAUAUUUUUAAAAAAUGAAAGAAAAAUAAUGUUAAAAAAAUAUAUAUCUAUUUUUCAGUGAGAGCACAUCUCGUAUCUUAACAGUAUUAAACAGAUUUUUAGAAAAUAAAAUCAAGAUUACACAUAUUGCCAAUAAAUUAUAAGUUUUAACAGAAAACAUAAACAGUAUUUUCAUGAUGUUCCUAAGGUUUAAGAAUUAUCUUGGAGACAUUUAUUCUUAAUAAUUAAUUUUUCCUUAUUUGAUCUAAAAUUUUAAGCUAUUUACAGUUGGCUUAAUGUAAUAAAUCUUGAAUUUUUUCACAACAAAAUCAGAAAAUAUUUUUAAAGCAUAAAUAUAUGACCUAAUAUGUGCUCUAUUUGCUUCUUGUUUAUAGUUUUAGAUAAGUGAGAAUGAAAUUAAGCUUUCAUCGGUGCAUUUAGGUUUGGAGGUUAUACAGGUACAGGUGCUAUAUUGUAUGUCUAAUUUCAAUGAAUCGUGGUGCAAAAUAUAUUUUCAAUAUCUGAAUUAUCGAGAAAUCCUUUUUGAAUACAUGAAUUUAGUGAACGUUUACCUACUUUGUGAUUUUAUACUCUUUUUUAUUUAUUAUUUAGUUUUCAUUUCAGAAUAUUUUAAGUUACUUACUUGCUCUUUAAAAAGUGCCUUUUUAUCUACUGAAAACUAUUUAAGAAAUAUAGUCAAAAUUCAAGAGGUCGUUACUUCCUUACUUUAAUAUAAGAUAAUAAUAUUUCAAAACGGUCGAUUUUACUUUUCGUAAAAAAACUAAUAUAUUCCAAACCUUUAACAAUUCUUUCCCUCCUUCUGACAUUCCACUGUAAUAAAACUGACAAAAUUUUUUUUAUUUUUUUUUUUUUAUGGAAAUGUAAAAUUGUUUAUUAUGAAAUAUUGGCUACCUUGUACCUAAGCAAGGAAAAUUAGUGUAGGUUAAAUAAUUUUUCUUCAAGUUAGGUCCAUCCUAAUUACUACUUCCCUUUCAGUGUUUUCUUUGAAACAUUAUAUGUUUUCUUUGAAACAUUAUAUGUUUUCUUUUAUGAAUUUUAUUUUAUUUAAGUAAAGAGUUUACAUUUAAUAUUUUCAAUGAUUUUAUGUUAUCUUUUAAAACAAUAAGCAUAAUUUUUUAUUACUUCAAAGAAAAUCUAAGUUUUCCUGCUCUUGUAGAAACUGUUUAGUAAACCUCCAAGACAGUAGUCUUCCUUUAAAUGAGUGAAAUUAAAUAAAAAUCACUUAUUAUUCUGAUGCAUUACCUGAUUAUUUGUCUUUUAUAUUAUAUAUUAGGAGAUAGUAAAUAAGCAGAGGAGUAUCUCACAGAGAUCCACAUGGGUCGUCAUUAGAAAUGGUUUCCCAUCCCUCAAUGUAACAAUUUCUACAGUGAUGAUGCUCAAUAUUAAUAUACUUGUGACAGUAAAUUUAUCUGAACUUGAAACAUAAAAACAAAUAAUUAUAAGUUUUUUAUAUAAACUUAUUGACCAUUAAAAAAAUCUUUUAAUGUGUUUCACUGUCAAUUUAAUUUCUGUGUUGAGUUAUUAAGCACAUCAACAAUGAACAAAUAUAAAUGAUAUAAUAAUUCAAAUUAAUAUUUCCUUUUUAUUUUACAAAUCAUUAUGAGAACAAAUGUUUUGCUUUAAUUAAUUCAAUUAUAUAAGAAAUAACAUGGUGCGUGGAUGGUACUGUUAUUGGUCCUGGUGGAAAGAACUAGCCUGGCUAUUAGACCUUUCACAUCUUUUUGCCAAUCUGCUAACGACAGUGGGCAUGCCAAGAAUUUUUUUUUAGGACUAACUAGAAAUGAAUACUCACUAACCAUGAUGAAAAUCGAGCCGAUCUGCGACCCUUGUCUUUGACCCUUGUCCUAACCAGCUCGACUGUCAAGGUAUUGCUAGUUUCUUGCCAAAAUAAUGAUGUAUUCCUUAUGUUUAGAAAGGCAUAACCUCUGUUUUUAGGAAUUUCUUUCUAUAUUUAAUACAGUUUAUAUUUUUCUCCUUUCAAUUUUUUUUUUUUUUGUAAAAUUAAAUUUUUGUUAAGGUUUAGAAAUUUAACGAUACCAUUAAUUUACAUGGCCACUAUAAUUUAUUUAGUUGAAACAUAUAGAUAUGUUUUAGCGAAAACACAACACUUUAGUAACUCUUAAAUAGAACAUAACACUCAGCACAUUCUAUGCCAAAACAUUUAACAUAACUUUUAUUAUAGUUGUUCCAAAAUUGCUCUUCCUCAGUUUUAAUAGUCCCAUGAAGACCUGUGUAACCUCCUUCUGACUGUCUAAAAAAAUAACACUGGUAGGAGGCCCUCAUAGUUGCCUCUGGCCAGUGGGAACUUGAAGCGCUUGUCGCCUUGCAUUAAGGCCUCUCCUAUACAUAUCUUUACUAAGAUAUAUAAUAGUACUGGGGUUCGGGUUGUUAAUUAUUAAUUUUAAUUUUUAUAUAAAGAUGAUAGCGCAGAGCAGGGAGAAAAUUAUUCAUUGUCUCAUACUGUAAUGCUUCCUGAUAUACCAUAACAAAGCUUAUUGAAUUAAUUUUGUAUUCAUAUUGUAUUGGAAAUGUUUCAUGAUUGUAUGUUUACAUAUGUCAAGCUGUAAGGCCUGUCACUACAUUACCAAUUUAAUGAGUAUCCUCAUGUUAGUAACGAUUUAGUAUAGCGAUCACCUUGUAUGUAAUAAAUGGUUCAUAUGUCACUAAACCAUGGUCUUGUAGUGUGGAAGGCAGCUUGUAUAAUUUUGAAUAUUUGUUAGACCAGUGCUCUUCAAACUGGGCUGCGCACUACCUCUCCUAGCUUCCACAGCUUCCUGUUUCUAAACCUUUUAUUUAGUAUUUAUUUUGAUUAAUAAAUUUUAUAAACAAAUUACUAAAGCCAAGAAGCAUUAUAAACACUUUGAACAACACACAAAUGUAAAUAAAAUACUAAAAAAAAGAUACAUUUUUUUUAUGAAGAAGGUUUCAAUAAUAUAUUUUAACCAUGGUGAAGGUGCAAAGAACUGAAAAAGUUUGAAGAACAAUGGUUGAGAGGAACAAGAGUGAAUUUAGAUUUAAUUUUUAAAUAAUACCAGUUGUUUCUUCCAACUUCUUUGCUAUUUUGAAAUAAUGAUGCCAGUAAAAAAUAACUUGACUCGACUAUAUAUCAUUGCCCAACCUUUAAAUAAAUUGCUUUAAACUGUGGCAUAUGCAAUGGUGAGGUUCUUGAAAUAUUCUAAAUCUAACUGUUCUUUAAUGCUUAGGUUCUGUUAAUAGUAAAUUUAUUUUUUUUUAAAUCUUAAAACGUAUUUAUUACUCAGUUUUUAAAUUUAUCAUCUCAUUAAUUUUAUUUUAUGAUAUUGAAAAAAAAUAUCUUUCCUAUAAUAGAAUUCUGAAAAUAACUGCAAAGCCCAAUAAAACUUAAUCAGACCCUAUACUUUUGUUGUUAAAUGUUAAACCCUAUCCAACUAUUUUGAUAUUAAAAAUCUUAUUUAGUUUCUUUUGUAAGGUAGGGUUUCUUAUAAUUUUAUAUAUUGUAAUAAUUUUAUUUUAUACGUAAUUCUAAUUUCUUUUAUAUAUAGAUUUUUAAUGACAUUAUUCUCUCCCUUAUCCAUUGCUAGGAACAAAUACCAGUUAAAAAAUAUUAAAGUACUCCUUAUUAAAUUUAUAAAUAAAUAAAUAUCUUUAAUGAAAAAAAAAAUAACAAAAGUACAUUAAAAUUCCACUCAUAACAAUAACAAGUUAAGUAGGUAAUUAAUUUGAAUUUAAAAUAUUUAAUAUGAAUUAUCAGUGAAUUUUUCACUAGCUUUGAAAAAGACUGGCACAGUUCAAAUUUAACUUUCAAUAGAUCUUUGUGUGUAAAUAUGUAUAUUCAUUUAUGUAGACAUAUUAAUAUGUCACUAUUUAAUGAAAAAGCUGGCACAACUCAAAUAUUGAUAAUUUUCCAUUUUUGCUUAAUUAUAAUCAACACAAUGAUUAUGAUUAAGAAAAAUUAGAAAAAAAGUUUUAAGUUGUGUGAGUCUUCUUCCAAACUAACAGUAAGAUAUUUAAAAAAAAAUUAAAUAAAAAUUUGUGAUAUUUUUUCGUAUUCUAAGAUCAUUUUCUGGUAAAAUGGAAGCUAGAUAAGAUGAUAUGUUAUGGGUUUUCUUUGAUUUGUAUUAAACUAACAUACAUAUGAAAUUUAAAAUUUUGUUUUUGUUAGACAGUCAAUUCUUGUGGAAUAACAUUUUUUUUUUUUGUAACCAUAAUUUGUACUUUUAAGUAAUAUACUGGUUUGUAAUAAUUUUUACUUUUGUAUGCAAAGAUAAUUCUUUAUUCUAUGUGCUUUAGUAAUUGAUUUCUUUUGAAAUUUAAAUUCCACUGAAAUUUCCUACCUUGCUGUUAAGUAAAUAUUUAUUUAAAAGUUAUAAUAAACUUUGAAUUGUUAAAAUUCAUUUUGUUUUAUUUUUGAAUUAGCCAAGACUACAGAUCAAAUAGCUACUGAAACAUAAUUAUUAAAGGUUUGAUGAGUUUAAAAAAGAAAAGUAUUGUGCCUUUCUUAAGAUUUUUUUCCAUGUUAUGAAGCAUAAUUUAUGAUCUAUUAAAAAUAGUUAUUGUUUGUAGUUAUUAUAUUUCUGAAUUAUAUUUAUCUAUAUUUACUACGCAUAUGGUUAUAUCAUGUCUGUUGUUAAGAGUAUAAUCAUUUCAAAUAUUUUCUUUAAUUUAAAUGUUGCUCAACAAUUAUAAAUAAUUUAUCUCAAAAUUAAAUAAAAUAACUUUUGUAAUGAUGAACCAUUUGCUAAAAAUUAAGUACUAGUUAUAGGUCUAUUUAUCUCAAGUUAUUAUAGUAAUGCAGUUCAUUAAAGCUUUUAUAUAUCUCAUUUGUACUGAUAUAUUUUUGUGAUACUAUCAUGCAUGUACUGAGUUUCUUACUAAGGCCUGUAAUUUAAUGGAGAACAUAACAAUUUUAAUGGUUUGUGUAACACUUCUUGUAUCUUCCAGUUCUGCGCUUUUCUCAAUAAAAAAAAAAAUGUUCAUGUAUAAAACAAAUUUAAUGAUAAGGAUAAAUUGCACAUUAAGAUUCCAAGUAUGUGUGUGUUUAUUUAGGGGUUAUCUGUGUUAGACCCAUAGUAUCAGCUGCUUGUACAGAUGUAUAUAAUGUCUAAAGAAUAAAAGGCUGUUCAGGGUCUUUAUGGUUGAAAUAGAUUUUUAGAUCCGCUUACAAAUGAAAAUAUAUAAAUAUGUACUUAUAUAAAUGAAAUAAAUAUUAUGAGCUGCUUGGACAGAAAAAUUUAACUCAAUAAUGAAUUUUUUUGUCCUUGCAGCAAUGUUUUGUUUCCUCCAUAUGUAAUUAAGGACGGAGACAUUGGUAAUAUAAAU